AUGAGUAGUAGCCAGGGAUCUCCUUCGGGAGGGCGUUCUCAGGCGAUGAACGACGAGAACGACGAAUCCCGUCAUGAACGAGAAGAUCGCGGUGGUGAUGAUGAUGAUGCGUCUACUGGAAGACUCAACAACAACCACAAUGCCCCACCGUUGGAACCCGCCAUGGUGUGUACCUGUGUGGUCGAACUUGGACCGCGAGUUUGCUUUGCCACGUACAAUGAAGACUCGAAUGAAAUCAUUCUGGAGGAGAGCGUGUGCAGCGGGAAAGACUUCGGAGUCGUGGCCGAGAAGUACUUUGCCCUGCUGCGACCCAAUCUCUUGUUGGUGAGCAGCAAAGUCGUCAGCAACGAAAGUUUUCUCGAGGCUCUCACUCGGCCACUGUCACAGCUCGAUCUCGACGGCGAAGAAGAGGAAGAAAACAACGUGACACCGCUGGCUAGUCGGUCCAUUCCUUAUCGCGUACUCAAAUCGGGAGCCUUUGAUAGUCGAACCUGCAUGACGCUCAUCUCACAAAAGCUUCGAGUCUUGUCCCUCCUUCGAAAGACACAAGAAGGCGCUGCGGGUCAGUACUACGAUCCACUGUAUCAAGACGGAAAUCUUCCCUAUUACAACUCGGACAACCAACGCGUGUUCCCCGUCUCCAGCUAUCACCAGCUCGGCACCUUGAUCAACUUCAAUUCCGAAAUCACGGUCAAGUGCAUCGGAGCCUUGCUCUCGUUCCUCCAGGGCACAAUAUUCCGAACGGAAGCCGACGAGACAGUCACCGUGGCCAACAUUACCCACGCACAAACCUCCAAGUUUAUGAUUCUCGGAGAAGGCGCCAUCGAGGCAUUGCACAUCUUUGCCACGGAACAUCAUCCUCUCAUGGCAGCCAAGGGACGCGGCAACAGCAAGGAAGGAUCGAGUAUCUUUUCGCUACUCGACCGGACCUGUUCCAAAGGAGGACGGCAAAUGCUACGAAAUUGGAUGCUCAAGCCGCUCUUGAAUCGCGACGAAAUCCUCAUGCGCCAAGACGGUGUCGAGCUCUUUAUGGACGCUACAAUGAUCGAUUCGGAAAGCCUAAUGGGCUUGAUGAGCAACCUCCUCAAUGAAAUUGCUCCCAUCAACCAGAUCUUGCAACGACUCAAGAAGUGUGCCACUCUACCCGUUGAUUUUGUCAAGCUGACUCGGACCCUGUCGGCUGCAAACGAGAUUUGCGGUGUCUUGUCCAACGAAAUUAUUGGAAGCCUUCAGGCUGCAAUGCCCGAUGACGAGACUGCCGCAGCAAGUGAAGCUGCCAUGUAUCGUCGACACAAGGCGGGGCGGUACAUUUUCUUUGUGCAACACAUCCUGGAACGUUGCAAUGUUCAAGUCUUGACCAGCCUGCAGGAACAUAUUUGCUCCGUUGUGGACGAAGAAUCCACCUAUGAAUGCGGCUCCGUUUGCAUCAACACGGGUUUUCACCAAGAGCUAGAUGCCAGAAAGGAGGAAUACGAUAAACUGCCAGGAAUAUUGCUAGAAGCUCGAAAUCAGGUCAUGCAAAAGCAUCCGCAGCUUGGUCACCUCAUCGUUCUGUUUUACCCACAGGUUGGAUUCCUGGUGGGCAUGACACAACAGUUUGCAAUCGAUCCAGCCACAGGCAUGUUCAGCGAAGCGCUCCCUUCCGAUUUCAAGUACCAAUUCGGCAAAGAUGCAAUGUACUAUUUCAACAACGACGAUACAGCGAUCCUCAAUCAGACAUUCGGAGAUCUCGACGGGUGGAUCAAGGACACAGAGGCAAUGAUCAUUUCAGAUCUGGAAGAUGAAAUUCUCGAACAGGAAACAGAACUCAGGGAAACCUUCUUGGCACUUUCUGAAAUGGAUUGCAUACUCGCAUUUGCUUUCGUCGCUCGAGAGCGAAACUAUAUCCGUCCAACCAUUCUUCCUCCUCCGCCUCCAGACUCUCACUCAACGACAAUAGUCAAAAUCAAAAGAGGACGACACCCUCUUCAAGAAAUCCUUGUGGAAGGAAGACCGUUUGUUGCCAACCAUGUCGAAAUCGACGACAAGAAGCUUGUCAAUGUUCUCACGGGACCAAACUUCUCUGGAAAAAGCUGCUAUGCACGGAAGGUUGGGGCUUUGGUCUACAUGGCCCACAUCGGAUCAUUCGUUCCGUGUGACGAAUGUGUGCUGAGCAUCGUUGACCAGAUAUUUACGCAGUUCGCUCGCACUGAAACUUGUGCUGUUCCUCAAAGCAGCUUUCAGCUCGACCUGACACAGAUGGGAGGCAUCUUUAGCAGAUGCACUCCCAGAUCGCUCGUAAUUUUGGACGAGUUCGGAAAAGGGACAAGUCCAUCCUCUGGAAUUGCGCUUCUAGUGUCUGCGCUUCGGUGGUUUGCGUCGAAGGAUGUUGCUGUUGUCUGCACUACCCACUUUCUUGAGAUGUUCUCUCGGGGCUAUCUAACAGACGGCCAAAACGGAAUCAACGCAAUGCAAAUGGCAGUUCACAUUCCCGACGACACGGAAGACAUGGCUACUCCCCUGUUUCGACUGCAAGAGGGAGUUGCUUCCUCCUCUGCAGGAAUCAUUUGUGCAAGGAUGGCAGGGUUGGACAGGAGGAUUGUUCGAAGAGCCAAGCAGAUUGUGGCAUCCUUGAAGGCGGGAAAACCAAUAGAAGCAAGUCUGGAUCUGCUCAAAGCAGAAGUUGAAAGCAUGCCGGCUGCAGUGAAACAGGCUUUGGGAUACUACUUUGCAGUUGACUGGGCCAAUGCGACCGAUGAGCAAGUCGAGACAUUGAUCGAGAAAUUUCAAGCUCUUCGGCAAGCUCACGUCUAG